AUGGCACAACAACAAGAUCAAGCAGCUAUGUUCAGGGAUCUUAUGAGGGCGGUGCAUGACCUUGGUAGACGACAUGCACCAGCUAGUGGCAACAACACGGGUGCAAUUGUAGAGCAGUUUUGUCGCUUCAAGCCUCAUUCUUUUGAUCGAAAAGCUGAUCCUUUGGCAGCCGAGGAAUGGCUAAGAGGAUUAGAGUGGUUUUUCAAACACAUGGAACGUACUAAUACCCAAAAGUUCAAAGAGGAAGCAAUGAAAAAGUGCUUUUCCCAAUCCCUAAGGGAUCGAAGAGAGGCAGAAUUUCUACAACUGAAGAAGGGAAAAAUGCCGCUUGAAGAUUAUGAAAGAAAGUUCGAACAACUUUCUAGGUAUGCCCUACACCUCGUGGACACUGAAGCAAAGAAGGCUAAGAGGUUUGAACUAGGAUUACGUCCAGAGAUUGGAGGAAUCAUGGCAUCUCACCAUACCACAACCUAUAGUGAAUGGAAUGGGUUGAACAUAAGGAAAGGAUUUGGACAGAACAAAAAAGCCAACACAGGAUCAGGGUCAAGAUCAAGCAAACCAAAUAAGGUUAUUCCUCCAUGUCCUAAAUGCAACAAGGGCCACAGGGGAGAAUGUUGGUUUGGAAAGAAUGUGUGCUAUCGAUGUGGCCAAGAAGGGCAUUUUGCUCCAGACUGUAAGGCAUAUCCACCUAAGAAAGACUAUGAGCAGAACAAGAAGGGAAAAGCCAGGGUCUUUGCUUUGACCCAGGAAGAGGCAACAAAGGAUCCGAAUGUAAUGACAGGUAUUCUAUCAGUAUCUGAACUACCUGCAUACGUUUUUAUUGACUCAGGAGCUAUUCAAUCAUUUGUCUCUACUGCAUUUAUUGCUAAAUCAUGUAUUCCAUAUGAAAAAUUGGAUAGUGUUUUAGAAGUUACCAUCCCAUUAGGUAGAACAUUGAACACCAAUCGGAUAGCUAGGGAAUGGAUUAUGAAAGACGAAGUAAUGAAAAAGUACUUUCCCCAAUCCCUAAGAGAUCGAAGAGAGGCAGAAUUUCUACAACUGAAGCAGGGAAAAAUGCUACUUGAAGAUUAUGAAAGAAAGUUCGAAGAACUUUCUAGGUAUGCCCUACACCUCGUGGACAUUGAAGCAAAGAAGGCCAAGAGGUUUGAACUAGGAUUACGUCCAGAGAUUGGAGGAAUCAUAGCAUCUCACCAUACCACAACCUACAGGGAAAUACUGCAACCAGCUCAGUCAAUUUCUGAUCGAUUGGAAAUGGAUAGGAUGAUCGAGAAAAGUGAUGAAUCUUUUGAAAAAUAA